UGUCAUCUCUCCCAAAACAAGUUUUCUUGUUGACAUUGAUUUUAGCAAGAGCUAGGUAGAGGAGCAUUUCGACCAUUUCCAUUACUAAAAGAGAGCAAAUAUGGAUUCUUUUCUUGGAAGAAGAGCAAAUAUGGAUUCUGAGAUGAUUCAGGAGACACCUUAUAUAGCAGCCAUGAAUGGAGAUUGGGAAAGCAUGGUUGACUACUAUCAGAAACAUUUCGAGUCUUUGUUCUCUCCAGUUACUCUCUCUUUGGAUACUGGAUUUCAUCUAGCUGUUCACAGCAACGAAGAGCGACCACUUAAAGAUUUACUUGAAAUCACGGAGGGAAGAGAAUUCUUUUUACCGGAGACACGAAACAAGUUUGGAAAUACGGUUCUUCACGAGGCAACCAUCUAUGGGAAUUAUGAGGCUGUAAGAUUCUUGGUAGAAUGUUGUCCAGACCUAAUUUCCAUUACUAAUAAGUACGGUGAAACCCCACUGUAUACAGCUGCUGGAUUUGGUGAGGCAGAAAUAGUGGAGUUUUUAAUAAAGACCAAACCAGAAGAAUGCGUGGAUUGUAAUGGCCGCAUAUUAUCAAUUCACCGCCAGCGAUCGAAGGAUGGCCUGUCCAUCCUCGGCGCUGCUAUCAUAGGGCAACACUUUGAAACAGCUUUACUGCUGCUAGAACUGGAUGAAUCGCUCCACAACUUGGAGAACAAAAUGGGCAGAACGGCCCUGCAACUCUAGCCGAAAUGCCAACUGGUUUUGAGAGUAGCUAUCACAUGGGCAUAUGUGAAAGACUCAUCUACAGUUGCCUUCCUGUUAUACGUCAUCACGAGGUAAAAUCACAGGUACAAACUUGGUGCAGGGCAAUGCAAGAUCUUGAGAGCGGUACCCUGCGCAGUAACCUACUCAACUAUUUAAAGGACCCCAAAGACUCAAAAAUGAUAAGUAAUCUAUUACGCUGCAGAUUUUUGCCUCAAGUAGGAUAUUGGCCAGCAAGGCUAGAAAGAUUCUGGAACCAGAAAAGAACGAAUGUAUUCGCUUUACGACUUGUCAAAAUCCUAAUAAAGAAAGAUGAGUCAUGGAGGAGCAUCAGCAUAACAGAGGAAGGACAAGAAGUAAAACAAACUGGUCCACCCUCAUCAACAGUUAUGCAAGGAGAACAAAAUAAAGGAAAAGAAGCAGAGCAGGGAAUGGGCGGGGGGGCAAUUAAAAAGGGAGAGAACGAGCUCUCUUAUUUGGGGCACACUUCUGAAAUCACUAGCAAAGCAAUAGAAAUAGAAAAAAUAGAAAUAGAAGAAGUCCCAUUGUUGAUUGCAGCUAGAAAUGGAAUAGAAGAGAUUGUGUGGGAGAUAAUAAAACUAUAUCCCCAUGCUGUUGAGAAGCUCAAUGACAAGGGUCAGAGCAUUGUGGAUGUGGCCGUCAUCCAUCGCCAGAAAAAGAUCUUCAAACUUGUGAAGCAUCAGAAAAUACCAUUGGCUAGACUGCGACGAGUUAUUGAUAAUACGGGCAACACAUUGUUGCACCAUGUUGCAGAUAUGGAGCAUUACAGAGGAGGAACCAAGCCUGGGCCUGCACUUAAACUUCAGGAGGAGUUGCGAUGGUUUGAGCAAGUGCAAAAGGUAAUUCCUUCUCAUUAUGUCACGCUUCGGAACGAUGAAGGCAAGACUGCAGAAGAGCUCUUCAAAGAGAGUCACCAGGACCAACUGAAAAAUGCACAAAAAUGGAUAAAGGAAACGACUCAGUCUUGUUCCACAGUAGCUGCACUUGUUGCUACUGUUGUCUUUGCUGCUGCCUAUACUGUGCCCGGAGGUUCUGAUAAGAAUGGCACGCCCAACUUCAUCAACUCUCCCUAUUUUGUGGUUUUCACUAUCUCGGAUGUUGUUUCCUUAGCAAGCUCCUUGACUUCGCUUGUGGUAUUUCUGUCUUUGUUGACCUCUCCAUUUGAGCAACAAGAAUUUCACAUCUCUCUUCCUCGGAAACUUGUUGCUGGCUUCACAUUCCUCUUCUUUGCUGUGAUAACGACCAUGCUAUCUUUUGGGGCCACAAUCUUGAUACUCAUUCAGUCAGAGAAAAAGUUGACAACAUUACUCCUUUCCAUUGCUGCAUUCCUUCCUGUCUUAGUAUUUGCAAUAAUGCAAUUUCGUCUGUACAUCUCAUUUAUGGGCUCUACAUUCAACAUUCUCAAGAAAACCAGGAAAGCUCGAACACCGUUUCUUGUCCCUUGCCUACCGUGGGGGAAAAUGGUCGGUCUUAAGAAAAAGGAAAAAAGCUCGGCUGGAUUCAUAUUGGAGACUAAAGUGGCAUAGAGGUUUUUCCUUUUUAUAGUUGGUUUGAACCUCUACCAUUAAUCACUAUAUAUGAGUGUUACAUAAUGUUUGGUUGUUUAA